UUUAAAUGUUAGUGCUGCACGUCUUCUCCUCCGCAAUCUCGGGCCAAUCUGUGCAGUGGAGGUACCUGACAGGCCAUCGCCUGGGGUCUGAUUCUGGCCAGAUUGCCACCUUGAACCACCACCUCUCACCAGCAUUUGCGCAUUUUCCCCAUUGUCCCUAGCUGUCGUGGCUAUCCCGGCCAUCGGACGCCGAACCCAGCCAACUUCCGCUCGCUGCAUCUCCAUAUCAACACCCGCUCAGCCUCUCCCUCUGGUACCUGAAUCCUGUGUGCUCCGAGUCUCGAAGAGCAGUACACUACCUACUACAGAAUACACGUUGUAAUAAAAAGCAGAAUACGUCGCGAAAAAGGGCAGCCAGAUCAGUGCCCGUCUGUCCUGUCAGGGGGGAGCCGCGUCCACUAUUUGUCUCCUCUUCAGACCCCUUCCUUGCCUCCCGCACCUCUCUUCGGCUUUCACGGAACAUCGAUUCUUCAAACCCCCCCACAAGCUCUCCGCCGCAGCCUCACUCAGGCACUCGGCUUCUGGACAGACCACGCAACUUCUUCCUGUGCUGUCUGUUGUCCAGCUCGGCGAUUGAUUGUGACAUCAUCCCACUGGCGAUACAUCUGGCACUGGCAUUGGCUGUGUCAAUCCUCCGCGUGUGACCUCGCUCGACCGACCGCAUUUCUCCCCAACCUAACUCCCGGCCGACCGAUCGUGCUUCGUGCCCGUUUCCUCCGAGCUCCCGGUCCGGCUUCUCGAUCCUGUGUGUCGCACCCUUCGCCGACCGCCAACACCGCCAAGCUGUCUUCCCCAAUCCUCAUACCACGCACCGUCUCUUACGACGCGGGCGCCAAUCCUCCGCGUCGUGGAUCCACGCACGGAAACAUGGCAGACAAGGCCGGCCGAAGAAGGAGGUCUAGUAGUAUCCUCCAGGUCUACCAUGAGCCACCAGAGCCCAUUGAGCAGCUGAGUGACCAGUCUGCCCUGCCAAACCUGAACGCCAACUGGGUCAAUGCUAAAGGUGCAUGGACAAUUCACUUUGUCUUGAUCUUUGGCCUCAAGAUCUUCUACGACAGUCUCCCCGGUGUUUCACAGGAGACAUCAUGGACGUUGACCAACAUCACGUACAUGUUUGGCUCCUACAUCAUGUUCCACUACGUCCGCGGCGUGCCAUUCGAGUUCAACGGCGGAGCGUACGACAACCUGAACAUGUGGGAGCAAAUUGAUGAUGGAGCCCAGUACACGCCCGCCAAGAAGUUUCUCCUGAGCGUCCCCAUUGUGCUCUUCCUCCUGAGUACGCACUAUACGCACUACGAUUUGGCCUAUUUUACAAUCAACUUUCUCGCUGUUCUGGGAGUCGUAAUUCCAAAACUGCCCGUCAGUCACCGCAUGCGCGUUGGACUGUUUUCGGGAGUGCCUGAAGAUUAG